ACACGGAAGUGAGAGCGGACAAAUGGGAGACAUAUUUCGUGCAUUGCCUCAGAACGUGUAUUGACAUCGUAGUGGUAGCUAGUGCCUAACUGGGUAGACGUUGCACAGUCUGUGUUUCUGCUGUUUUUUCUGUUGUUUUUCUUGAAUUAACCUGUUAUUUCAAGCACAAUGAAGAAUUAUCUUGCAGUGGUAACGCUAUGCAUGGUAAGCUCUAUGCUGGUGAAUCGCGUUGCUCAGUGUGUAAAAACGCGAUCGACAUAUUCUGCAAAGAUGCUUGGGUUUUCAUGGGAGAAUUGUGGAAAGCCAGACGACCCAGCGGUUCUGAAAAACCUUGCCCUGUCUCCGGAUCCCAUCACUAUCCCAGGGGACCUAACUGCCAGUGCAUCCGGGUCCACAACAGUCGAACUGACCACCCCCCUUGCUGUAAAUGUGACCCUGGAGAAGGAGGUGGCCGGGUUCUGGGUCAAAGUCCCGUGCGUGGAUGAGAUAGGGAGCUGCCACUACUCAGACGUGUGUAACCUGCUCAACCAACUGAUCCCACCAGGCCAGGACUGCCCUGAGCCCCUGCACACCUACGGCAUGCCCUGCCACUGCCCCUUCAAAGCCGGGGUAUACACGCUGCCAGAGUCUGGUUUCUACCUCCCGGACAUGGACCUGCCUUACUGGCUGACCAACGGACACUACAAAGUACAGGGAGUCCUUGGAGCAAUGGAGAAAGAGCUGGGAUGCCUUAAAAUCACCUUUGCUGUCCACUCUAAUAACUAAGGUGGACACAGGGACAAGGUUUUGUAUUCGGUUUAUGAGCCGCUGUCCCAACGCAUUUCAUGUUAUACGCACAGAUCCAGUUCCAGGGAACUUCUACUCUUCUCAGACCAGCAAUUAAGAACUGGGCUUCUGGACACAAGAAGGUUCAGAGGAGUGCUGAUCCAGGAUCGGUUUUGCAUUUAAGGGGGCCAUCCACUGAAAACCUCACAAAGCUAGCAAUAAAUGUGAAAUCUAUUGAGAUUCACGUCAACUAGAAAAAUCCCACUGCACAGCUCUUUUUAGGAAUGCUUUUAGAUCAGUGUGUAGGACAUAAUAUAAAGCCAAAAUCUGAAUGUUAUAUAGUUGUAAAAUAGCUUAAACACAUUGCACACAUACCAUGUUUAUGUUGGUAAAACUCGCUCAAAUCUUUAUCUGGUUGCUGUGCAAGUCUGAAACAGCUAUUAGCAGAUUUGAAAGUCUACGAUGAAUUAAUUGAGGAACAAAAUGCACCAGCACAGCUGAUGGUUGAUCAACCGCAUUCAGGGUGUUAGGCUUCAUCACAUGAUUGCUAAACCAAUGUUACCCACAAUGCACCGCAUAGCUCCUUUAGAAUGUAUAGGUGGCCAAACCAAAGGGCUGUAAGGUUUCAUGAAGGAUUUACCCCUUUAAUGGAAAUAAAACCAAACGAUAAUCAAACGAAGAGGGUGGAUCUGAUUUUGGAUCAGUUUAAAACCCCUGCUUAAAACCUUUCGGGAAUAUUGUCUCUGGGCCAAAUAGAGUCAGAUUUGCUGUGCUAUUUCUGUAGUGGAAAUGCAGCUCCAGAACAUUCACAUUAUGCUGAAUCUGCUAUACAAGCAAUAACUACUAUGAAUUGUUUUGUCUUUUUAUGCAGUAUGAUUCCUAUUUCUUGACAAGCUUUUAAUGCCUUUUGGCAGUAAAUUACCGUUGGGAUGGCACUGGUCAGAUGACAUUUUAAAUUAAAGGUUUUCAUUCCGCUUUAUAAAUUUCAGGGUGAAAUGUUAGUUUUGUCGGCCGUGUCUCAAAUGGCGCCUUCUUCCCUACAUUGUGCAAUACUUUUCACUGGGGCUCUGGUUCGGGGUAGUGCCUUAUGUAUGGAAUAGGGUGUCAGAUGUGUACAACCAAUUAGAUUUUAGUGCCUUGGAUUUUAAUACUGGUUCUGUUUGCUAGUGGUGGUACCAGAGAAUGUUAGUUUUAAUUGAUGGUGUAUUGAUGCUAAUAGAUUUGGUGGGUAUGGCUAAUGAUACGGUCUAUAUAUGUAAUGUUUUCAAAGGGAAUUGGAUGAAUAUAGGCAAACAAUCCUGUCGUACACCCAUAUGCUCAUUAUAGAACCAAUUUGGGAGUUAAGUGUACUAAGUAAAAGGUGCCCUUCCUGUCUCAAGUACACGUUGAUGACAUUUUAAACAUGCUUAGAAAUCUCAUUGUUCCUUGGUAAUUAAGAAUGUAUUUACUUAUGGAAGAAAAUAAUAUUGAGCUGGUGAAUACAUCACUGUAAAGCCACUCUGUACAUUCACACUUUAAAAUGUUUUUUUUUUUUUUUAAUAAAAGGAAUCUUGUAAUUGACAACUUGUGAA